AUGUACUCGUAUCUACCCCGCCGCAGCAGCAACAACAGCAGCAGCAGCAACACAAGCAGCAGCAGCAGCAGCAGCAGCAGCACAGUGUUCAUCCGUGCGCUGCACAACGCUGCGCCUGAGGGGCCGAAACAAGCAGCGGAAGCAGCCGCAGGAGCAGCAGGAGAAGCAGCCCCAGCAGCAGCAGCAGCAGCAGAAGCAGCAGCAGCAGCAGCAGCAGCAGCAGCAGCAAAAAUGCCCCUCAGGGGCUGGGCGCUGCUGGGCUGCAGCCUGGCACUUCUUGCUGGGGGUUUGGGCAGCGCCGUGUGGCUCUUUUUGGAUUCUCCAGAACCCCUUAAAGUGGCGUGGGACGCAAUUCAGAAAGACCCUCGAGUAGUGGGCGCGCUGGGCGGAGAGGUAAAGAGGGGCUGGUGGUGGGGGGGUUUUGUUCACGAGAAAGAUGCGCGGGUUAAAUUGUCUCUUACAG